UUUGGAAACGGAUCGGCUGGAUGUCAAAGGAGCAUCCAGAGAAGAGCUUAGAGUCUUCAACGACAUACUUUUAAGAGUGACUCGCUGCCCCAAUGUCAGUCUACACGGCACACCGAGGGCACAGCAGCGGCCUCCCCGGCGCUCCUGCUUCCCAGAGGAGCUCAUCACCGGACGGCCUCGGCCUGGGGAGCAGCCGGGAGCAGCUGUCCAGCUCGGACGUGUCCGAGCGUGAAAACGACGACCCGUUCCUGAGGUCCGCAAGGAAACUCAGAGACAUAAACAGCACCUAUGUGAUCUCUGCCUGUAAGACACCUGGAGAUACGCCCCUGACCCCUAACCCUGCCGGUAGACUGACCCUUCAGAGGAGAGUUACAAGAAACAAAGAGUCAUCGUUGCUGGGGAGUGAAGUGGGAGAGUCAUCUGAAAGAAAGACAGAAACUCGUCUUAAGUUACAACGUUGCAUCCGAGCAGGUUCUGUGGACAAGCGGACACCAGCUGGAGCAGAUUCCGUGGACAGGCGGACACCAGCUGGAGUAGAUUCCGUGGACAGGCGGACACCAGCUAGAGUAGAUUCUGUGGACAGGCGGACAACAGCUAGAGCAGAUUCCGUGGACAGGCGGACACCAGCUAGAGUAGAUUCCGUGGACAGGUGGACAACAGCUGGAGCAGAUUCCAUGGACAGGCGGACACCAGCUGGAGCAGAUUCCGUGGACAGGCGGACACCAGCUAGAGCAGAUUCCGUGGACAGGCGGACACCAGCUGGAGCAGAUUCAACGACACAGAGCGUGGGAGGGGCUGCAGCAAGUGAUGGUGCUUCACGGGACACCAGUAGGACGGUAAGGAUUGUCAAUAAUGAGAAACACUCCCCCAUUGCAUCAUCCGCACCCUCACCUGAAGACAACGACACUGGACUGGUGGCCGAUGAAAAUGACAGAGGAACAUUUUCUGCCUUCAGGGGAGCAAAUGACAGCGUGACACGUGAGUACUUCAGUCAUAGCACGCCCAUCCGUCCCCAGAAAGAGGCUGAGGAGGCUCGCCCAGGACGCCUGGCCACGAAACCCUUUCAGAGCCCGUUGGACGUCAGAGCGUCGGGAACAGGAAGCUGGCACCACAGAAAUCUCGGGAAGGAUGUUGCGAAAAACAGAACUGAGCCUGAAAGCUUAGGAAAAGGGACGCCCACGAAACGCACUGCCGGGCACACGGGGACCCCACGGUGCGGCACGCCUCAGCCUCAGAGCGCGGCGAUGUCCACCCUGAGACCCAGGACGCCCAGCUCCCAAGGUCAACAGAAGCCAAAACGCUCUCUUUUCGCAAAUAAAAGGGAAGAGUCACACGAGCGUACGCUCCCUCCCACGGAGGAGGCUGCGGCCCAGAGGGCCUCCACAGAGAGGGACCCCUUAAAAGCGGAGAACAGUCAGGUGACGGUGGCCGUCCGCGUGAGGCCCUUCAGCAAGAGAGAGAAGGACGAGGACGCGGCCCAGGUGGUCUUCCUGGACGGGGAGGAGAUCGCCGUGCGGCACCCGGACCUGAGACAGGCGUACAGUUUCCUCUACGACGUCUCCUUCUGGUCCUUCGACGAGUGCCACCCGCGCUACGCCAGCCAGGCUGCCGUGUACCAGACGCUGGCGGCCCCGCUCCUGGCCCGCGCCUUGGAGGGCUACAACGCCUGCCUCUUCGCUUACGGGCAGACGGGCUCCGGGAAGUCGUACACGAUGAUGGGAUUCGGUGAAGAACCAGGAAUCAUCCCCAGAUUCUGCGAAGACCUAUUUGCUCAAGUGGCCAAACACCAAACCCAGGAGGUCAGGUAUCACCUGGAAAUGAGCUUCUUUGAAGUUUAUAACGAGAAAAUCCACGACCUGCUGGUGGGCAGAGGUGACGGGAGGCAGGGGAAGCAGGCGCUGAGGGUCCGGGAGCACCCCGUCUCCGGGCCGUAUGUCGAAGCUCUGGCCGUGAACGCCGUGGGUUCUUACUCCGACAUCCAGGUAAGAGGGGCUCUGGGGAGCAAGCAGCGGGCCACGGCGGCCACCGGCAUGAACGACAAGAGCUCCCGGUCGCACUCGGUGCUUACGCUGCUGCUGACCCGGACCCAGGUGGGACCCGUCACGCCUUGCGAGGGCGUGAGCAUCAACAAGUCCCUGCUGACCCUGGGCAAGGUCAUCUCCGCGCUGGCGGAGCACGGGGGCGGCCGGAGAGCGUUUAUUCCCUACCGGGAGUCGGUCCUGACCUGGCUGCUGAAGGAAAGCCUGGGCGGCAACUCCAAGACGGCCAUGAUCGCCACGGUGAGCCCGGCGUCCAGCAGCCUGGAGGAGACGCUGAGCACCCUGCGCUACGCCCGCCAGGCGCGCAGCAUCGUCAACCGGGCCCGGGUGAACGAGGACGCCAGCGCCCAGCUCAUCCGCGAAUUGAAAGCAGAAAUCGAGAAGCUGAAAGCUGCCCAAAGAAGCCGUCAGAACAUCGACCCUGAGCGGUACCGGCUCUGCCGGCAGGAAAUCACGUCCUUGCGAAUGAAGCUGCACGAGCAGGAGCGCGCGAUGGUGGAGAUGCAGAGAGCGUGGAAAGAAAAAUUUGAACAGGCUGAACAAAGAAAACAUCACGAAAUCAAGGAGUUACAGAAAGCAGGAAUCACCUUCCAAGUGGACGACCGCCUGCCGAACCUGGUCAACCUGAGCGAGGACCCACAGCUGUCGGAGACGCUGCUGUACGUGAUCCGGGAGGGCACCACCGCGGUCGGGAAGCGCGGCCCCGCCUCCCGCCCCGACAUCCAGCUGUCCGGGGCGCUGGUGGCCGACGAGCACUGCACCAUCAGCCACGUUGACGGGACCGUGAGCAUCGCCCCCGUCGGGGAGGCCAGGACCUACGUGAACGGGAAGCACGUGUUGGGGCCCACAGUGUUGCACCACGGCGACCGCGUGGUGCUCGGGGGAGACCAUUACUUCAGGUUUAACCACCCGGCGGAGGUCCGGAGCGGGAAGAGGCCCCCCGGGGGAGGCGCCCCGGCCGGCGAGGGCCCGAAGGACUUUGAGUUCAAAGAAGAGUCCCAGCGGAAGAGGCAGCAGGAGAUGAGUAACCAGAAGGCACAUCUCCGCAUCGAGGAGCUGGAGCGGGCGAAGCAGCGGCUGGAGCAGGAGGUGCAGGCCAACCGGAGGCGCCUGCAGCUGGAGACGCGGUGCUCGGCCCAGGCUCUGGACGACCACAGCGUCCGCCACACGAGGAUCCUGGAGGCCCUGGAAGCCGAGAAGCAAAAAAUCGCUCAAGAGGUGCAGGCGCUGCAGCAGAACCGGGGCGGCAAGGACAGGGCUCCCCCCGUCCCGACGAGCUGGGGCUCCCUGAAGCUCUCCCUCAUGAUCCAGGAGGCCAACGCCCUCAGUGGCCGCGCUCAGAGGCAGUUCGUGUUUGGCAGACACGAGGCACCCGACAGAGGGGGUGGCCCUGGCCCCCAGGUCCGGGUGUGGAACCUGCGGCUGGGCGUGUCCACCCUCUGGAGCCUGGAGAAGUUUGAGUCCAAGCUGGCGGCCCUGAAGGAGCUCGAGGUGAGUAACUGCCAGUGCGAGGACCUCUUCUGUGACCCCGAGGACGAGUGGGAGCCCGACCUCACGGACGCGCCCGCUGCCUCGUUCUCCAGGAGGAGGCUGGAGGCGGAGAUCCAGGAGGCGCAGCUGAGGGCGAAGCAGGAGAUGCUGCAGGGCAUCCAGGUGGCCAAGGAGGUGGCGGAGCAGGAGCUGUCCUCGCAGAGAGCCGCCUUCGAGGGCAGGAUCGAGGCCCUGCAGGCCGAGCUGGAGGACCUCGUGGGCGCCCUGUGGGACGGAGUCGGUGCGGGGGUGAGGCUGCUGGUCGACUCCGGACUCGAGCAGGCGGAGGAGCUGCGGCGCGAGCUCUCAGGGCAGCACCCCCAGAGCGAGGCGGCCCAGCAGCUGCACGCGAAGGCCGAGGCGCUGAUCGGGUGCCUGGAGACCAUCUUCGCCGAGUGGAGAACCAAAAGCUCCCACCCGCCAGCGCAGGGAGAACCUUCCGGAGGCGGAGCCCUGAGGGAGAUGGCAGGUCGCGCCCCGGAAAUGCUGGAUUUAACGCGCUGCUUGGAGCAAACCAUUGGAGCGGUCGUUUCUGCCCUGAGAGGACGCCGCGGCGAUGGUGGCGCCCUCAGGACCUGCGUGGAGAGGGUCUGCGCAUAUCGCAGCCAGCGACGCAGUGACCGCUCACAGCGGGUCAGCUUCCUGUGCCUGUCCCAGCGCAGGGCCGAGUGA